UGCAGAGCGGUUCAGUGUGCCAACUCGUUGGUUCAGGUGCAGUCGUAAUCGGUACUUCAAGGUGUGUUGUUUUUGCGCUUUCUGGGUAAAUUCGCUGUAAUAAUGUUGGGUCGAGUGCGCUAGUGUUUGUUGCUUUGCUCACUUGAAAAUUCUACACAGCCUUUGCUAGUGCUCAAUUUCCUGGGCUUUUAAUCUAUCUCCAACACUCCAGUGAGGCCAAAUUCGGAACGAAUAGUGUUAACAUUAAUUAUAACUCUACUGAUAAAAGUAAUUGUAAAUAUUUAAUUUUAACGUAGAGAUUACUGGGCGAAUGGUAGAGAAGUUAAGUGCGCAUUUGUGAUGCUAAUUUUUGUUAAGUAUAUGCGGUCGAUGCAAGAUAUCACACUAUUCACAUAUUAAUUGCUUUUUUGUGUGAUGAUGAUGAUGGGAGUAUAUUGUUGAAGCGUUUUUCAUUAAUGAUCAUCUGUUUCGUCACCCAAAAAGGUAAAUUAUUCCGAGCGCUGGUGCAUGGAACGGUGUUAAAAACGAGACCCAGUUUAAGAAUAAAAAUUCUGUUCUCGUACAAGGACAUGUGUAGAAAAUUGAGUGACGCAAGAAUAUAAAUAGCAAAUUUGGACAUUUAGAAACCAACUCAACUGUAUACUCGAGCUUGUUUGUUUGGUAAUUAAAUUGAAAAAAUGACGAAUACGAAAAAGGCUGCUACGGGCAAUGGCAAGGCGAGUUCGCAACAGUUCAUUGAAUUAGAACAGUCGAAACAACUACCCGAUCAGCCAAAGACAAAACUAUCCAGACUAGAGAAAAAGCGCAUACGCGAAGAGCUAAGGUUUCAAAAGAAAAUUAAAAAAGGCAAAACAUACUGCCAGGCUUGCAAGAAAAAAUGCUCGGGCGAAGUCCUUCGCGUUCAAGACAAGUACUUCCAUACGGGCUGCUUCAAGUGCAAAGCGUGCGGCUCCUCGCUGGCCCAAGGGGGCUUUUUCAGCAAAGAUGGGGCCUAUUAUUGUACCGCCGACUACCAAAGAAAUUUCGGAACCAAGUGUGCUUCAUGUGGGGACUAUGUUGAAGGAGAAGUAGUGACUGCUCUAGGAAAGACUUACCAUCAGAAGUGCUUUACGUGCGCCAGAUGUAGGCAGCCGUUCCCUUCGGGCGAAAAAGUGACUUACACGGGAAAAGAGGUGCUUUGUCAGCGAUGUGUCCAGAUUCCCAUUAGAAACGCCACUCCAAAGACAAGCCCGACUACCACUGCGAGUCCUCUACCAAAUGAAUGUGCCGGAUGUCGGGAGGAUUUGAAAGAAGGGCAGGUCUUGGUUGCGCUGGACAAAAGCUGGCAUAUUUGGUGCUUCAAGUGCCAUUCCUGCGGAACAGUUUUGCAUGGCGAAUACAUGGGAAAGGAUGGAGUGCCGUAUUGUGAACGGGACUACCAAAAGCAGUUCGGUGUUAAGUGCGCUUAUUGUAAUCGGUAUAUCAGCGGCAAAGUGUUGCAGGCCGGGGACAAUCAUCAUUUCCAUCCUACUUGCGCUAGAUGCUCCAAAUGCGGCGACCCAUUUGGCGAUGGCGAAGAAAUGUACUUGCAGGGAGGCGCAGUGUGGCAUCCAAGAUGCGGCCCUGGACCUCAACCGGAGGAUGGAAGAAUCCUGAACGGACCGGAAAAUGGCAACAUUACGGACACGGAUGUUAGCACUAAGGAAUUUGACCGGCAUAGUACGAGUGGUGCUAGUGAAUUACAAUUUUCCAUGAGAUCACGCACCCCUAGUUUGAACGGCUCCUUGUACAGCCCUACAAGCAUGCAUAGGAAGCACUACAGCCAUACSACCUAUCGUACACCUUCCCCAGGCCUCAUCUUGCGCGAAUAUAAUAAAUCUGGAACGUUAGCAGACGAUAUUUCCCGAAUUUACACCUACAGCUACUUGACCGACGAGCCCACAUUGGGAUAUUUAAAGAAACCAAUCGAUCCUUACGACAAGCCGCCAACUUCGCCUCACUUCCACCGGCCGACUUCUCAAAACUCGUUGCGAUCCUCAACUGGAGCGGGAGGGAAGCGCUACGGAUCGAGGUCCGCAAUGAAAGUUCUCGUGGACUCGAUUCGCAGCGAAACCCCCAGACCGAAAUCGCCCCACAUGAACAACGAGGAGCCGAUUGAGUUGAGCCAUUAUCCGGGGGCAAAACCGCCACAGCCUGGCGAGCCUUUGAAGAUCGAAAGGGACGACUUUCCGGCUCCCCCGUAUCCCUAUACUGAUCCAGAGCGGCGAAAACGGUGGUCGGAUUCCUAUAAAGGUGUGCCGGAGUCGGAUGACGAGGUGGUUGAUGGAAUGAGCGAGCUGGAUGUUAACGACAGCAAGCUGAAGAAGGAAGAGGAGGAACUAAGCAAGAUGGGCAGCGGCAUAGGGCAGGUGUUUUUGAAGAACGUGAAGGAAAGGGAGAAGUUCAAGCAGUGGAAGGCGUUCAACUUAGAUCCGAGAAAUGCCUCUAGAACCCCAUCGGCUAAUAAGGAGCCAGUUUAUAGGCUGCGCUACGACAACCCGAUUGGCGCUAGCCCUUCGCGCAACUUGGAUCAUUCCCGGCCUUUCGACGAAGACGACUUUGACCGCUCAUUGAGUUGUCGGUCUUCAUCAAUGAGCCGACCGAGCGGAUGGAACUACAACGUUGUGAGUGCCCUGAGACACAUUCCAAAGCCCGGCUACGGUUUGGCUCCCCGAUCUCAUACUUUUUCAUCGUCAGCCGGUAGCUACUCUCAUAUCCCUGGUGACUAUUCAUAUACUGGAAUGGGUGUAAAAACCCACAGCACCGAUUUUAGCUCAGGAAAAUCAGAUAUUUCAACUGGAUCCAUCACGGAUGUCGAAACGCGAAUGCAUUCGGAGCUGGGUCCAGUGUCGUACGCAGUGGGGCGUUACGGGGCCCCAGGCGGGUACAGCUCUCAAGUGAGAAGAAGCCUACCGAAUAUGGCGCAUCAAAUGUUGAUAAACGAACCGGCCAAAAUCUACCCCUAUCAUCUACUGGUUAUCACAAACUAUCGACUGCCAGCCGAUGUUGAUAGAUUAAACCUAGAGCGUCAUCUAUCAGAUCAGGAAUUUGAGGCAAUAUUCCAGGUGGGCAGGCACGACUUUUACCGGCUACCUCAGUGGCGUCGAAGCGAAUUGAAGCGGCGAGCGCGACUUUUUUAACUUAUUCAAAGGCCCUUACGGGACAGUGGCUGCUUGGUCCACAUCUCUAUUCUUCAGGUUUUCAUCUUGUUUGUUGGAAUAGAGCAAACACGAUCAGAAACGCGUCUAGUAACUGCAAGCAACCAAUCCGUUUCUAGUUUCGUGCUAGAUUCGCUUGAAAUUGAGUUGAAGUUCAAAUUUCCAUUUUCUUCGCCAGUUCGGCUCUUCCACAAUUCGCACUUGCAAUGGUAGUUUACUGCUAUUUUAUACCUGCUACUUCGCAUACUAUUCUGAGACGUUCCUCUGUUUUUAUUUAUUUUGAUAAAUGCUUGCCAAUUCCAAUGCCAACAGCUCACAAAACUGCUAAAAUAGAGAAAUUUCUGGACAAUACCAUACAUCUUUCCAUAUCGGAAAAUUCCAAAUCACUGGAUUGAAAAAUGUUUUAAUGCAUUUAGUGCAAGUCUGAAAAAUACAUCAUAUUUCUUGUGAUACAAAUUAUGGGAUCGGUCAUUUGUUCACUUCAUCCAUCACGUAAUUAAAAAAACAGUAGACGUUAGAUAUGUAGGCUUUUCUAAGUGGGCUGAAAUUAAUUCCCUUUUCCGUUAUGUAGGUAUGUUCAUUUAUAUUAGAUUUAUAGUCUGCUCGCCUGCGAUAAGUAUAAAGUGCAUUUAUAUCUACUUAAAAGCUUCGGAUGGCUCCUCAUUUCGGGACCAACAUUGUCGUGCUUUCACACAAUUCAGUUUUGUUGCUUCAAUGUGUGGAUUUUGGCGUGUUUUUACAUUUCCAAGCCCAACUUGUUCCUCCCAGUUUGUCUAUUUUCAUAUAUAAUUAGGUAAUUUAUAUUUGCCAUUACAAUUAAAACAUGUUCGACCUUUAUUUAGUCAUACAUUUUCUUAUAAGGGUAGCUACAUAGAUAAUACAAUAAUUAUUGCUUACAAUAAUUGUAUAAAGAAAAUGAUAAAAAAUUUUAGUAGCUAACCAUUUUUGUAUGACUUCAAUUAGUAAAGAUAUCUAAUCGUUUAUUAUGUACAGAUGAAGAGUUCGAGAAGAAAUAUUUAAAGAUAACUUCAAUUUGAGAUUUUAAGACAGCUAUGGUCUCUCUAAGGGGGUUGUUUCUGUUUCAGGGGCUAAUAAAUCAUUCUCAAGCCAUAAAAAUGUUAAUUUUUUCAAAUGCAAAAAAUAUUGAUUCAAUAAGGUCACUUUCUUAGAGAGACGCCCGGUAUUACUGUUAGACAUCUAUUAAAAAAAACAUUACGAUAUUUUUCUAGAUUGUAAGUUUACUGUAGUCGUUAUGAUAUUUUAUUUGUUUAAUGUAAGGUAAUACUUGGUAGUUCUAGUUUAACUGCUUUAUAGAGUGCUUUAUAUGGGCUAGUCUUCAGAAUCAAUGGGUAACUUUAGAGCCAAGUAUUCAAAAGGCAACUAUUAAUAAUUAUGGUAUAAAUUGCAUAAUAUAUUGAAGAGAUUUAUUA